UAAAAUCAUCAUGAAGCAAAAUAUGAAUAAGGACAACACCGCAACUGUCCUUGCCCUCCUCUUCAUUUGGAUCAUACUUGUUCUGGCUCUGCUGUACUUUUAUAAAAAACUUAAUGCAGACACAAAUGGACAGUACACCGUCCAGCGCAUAGUCUUGGCCCCUGGCGGCCUAUGGGAUCGAUUGAGACAAGGAGUCGGGGUUGUGGAAAACAGACUUGGUGUCCGCAUUUGGCCUCAGCGGCAUGAUGACGAGGAGAACAUAGGAGAUAAUGACAAAGAGGACGAGGAGGGUGAAGGUCGUGACAAACAGAAUGACAGUUACACGGAGGAGGGGGGACAACAGGAGCAUGAUGACGACAGGGAUGAUUCUUCAGAUGACUAUUCCAGCGUUGACCUGAGGGAGAGGGCAAAGAUGCAGAUGGAAGAGAAAGAAGAGAAGGAGAAACAGAAGGAGGAGGCAGCAGCAGGAGAAGAGGAUAAAAGUCAAGAAGUGAAGAAUGAAGAGAAAUUAGAAUUGAUUGUAGAUCUGACGCCGUUUACUGGUAGUGCAAUUUGGUCUAAGGAAAACAAAGAUGGAAAUGACUUGACUGCUUUAUGAAAAGCUCAGAGACAUUGUUUUUGAAUUUUUAUAAGUGGGAAAUAAAGUGGCUUGGCCCAGUGGGUGGCACGAAACAUUUUUUAUAACUUUGAGUCCGUUUAACCCUGU